UCUGAAAUCUGAAUCUGAAAUCUGAAUCUGAAAUCUGAAUCUGAAAUCUGAACUUGAAAUCUGAAACUGAAAUCUUAAGCUGAAAUCUGAAAUCAGAAAUCCCGGAGUUCAAGCACAGUUGUACCGGAUAAGUUUUUCCAUGACUGUCUGCCAACUGCAUCGUUGAUAUAAGUCGCGAAUGACAUAAAGGUGUUAAAACUACUACAAUCGAAACAGUAAAAAUGUUAUAAACAUAAUAAAUUUCACAGUUGCAGAUGAUUGUGCUUGAAUAUAAUAGAUUAAUGUAUAAUACCAUCCAUAAAAUAUAGGUAUAGAGUGUAGUGGGUGAUUUUAAAUGAGCAGAAGAAAAAAGUUUUUUUUAUAAUGAUCCAGUCAAGUUUUAUUGUGUUUCAUUUAUUAUUUCCAUCUGUGAAGUGUCUGUGCCAAGGUUAAGCAAGGAGUUACAAUGAGAAGUGCAAUGAGUCAAAUCGCUUUUGAAUAUUUUUAGUUCAAGUGCAAUGAUGUUUUCGUUUUGUUAUUGGUAAUGUGAUGACGCGAACAUGGCUCUCGAACGAAGAGCUUUAACGAAGUGCAAUGUUAUGUUUCGAAUGUAGAUAGCGCUGUAAUCGUUUUCAGUUUGGUUUUCUCUGCUGCUGCUAAUUUUAAAUAAAGAUGGCGCAGUUUUAGCACUUUUGAAGAAAGCUUCGUAAUUCUUUUCUGUAUGUGGUUUGGUUACGCUGGACAGAGCUUCAAAACAAGAUAAGUAUCUUUAUUUUCCUUUUAACUCCCAGUCUGAGCAAUACAUCCUUUGCAUGUUUCUCUCUGUUUUAAAGAGAAUUUUGUGAAAUUCAUCUAAAAUAAACAGAUUUUGUUAAUACGAAAUGUUCGCUAAAUUGAUAAAAGCACAAAACUUUUGAACGGUUCACGUCAGGAAAGCUAUCAAAUAGUUUCGUUAAGUUUGAUUUCAUGGUUGCCAAACUAAAAGAACAUUUGUUUUCUACAGAUUUUGAAGUAAUCACUGUUUAUCAUAAAUCUAGAACUCUAUUUAUAAAAUAUUUUAGUUUAUUUAUUUUUUAACAACAAAACAGUUUAUAAUUAUAAAUAAUUAAUACGCUUGUAGGGUUCUAUUGAAGACGUCAAUGUGCUACCAAACAUUAUCGUAGAUUGUUAAGCUGAGUAAAUUGUGUUUCAUUUAUUCGCGAACAAAGUGAACUACAUAUUUUCAGACUUAAAUCAAGAGCAUCUUCGGUAAGUUGCACCGGUGCUAAGUACAUCGAUCAUUAAAUAUUUAAAUUUGCUUUGAUCACAUCCCUUCCCAAAGGGAAUCCAGAUCUUAUUUACCUUCCCCACUAACAAACCAUCCUUCCUGUGACCACCGUGGAGAUUUAGAGGUGUAUUCGGUCUCUAGUAGCAACGGAAGUCGGACUAACAAUCCUUCCCUUUCCCCGAUGAACCGUAAGGACGUGGCCGGCGCCGUUAUUGACCAUAUAAGAUAAGGAACCUUCGAAACGUGUACACAGAAAAUGGUAAGCUAAUCCCAAGCCCCAUUUAUUUGGAUCUAUGUACAAUUUUGUUGAUUCUUGUCAAUCACGGAGUAGCAACUACUGAAAUGUACGGUUUAUCUAAGCUCAAGCUCAAGCUCAAGCUCAAUACCAUCCAUAAAAUAUAGGUAUAAUAUAAAAUUUAAAGAAAGAUUCAAACAAUACCUACAAUAAUAAAACAUUCAUUACGUUAUCAGCAUUAGCACAAUUAAUUAUCAAAGCCACGCGGCGAGACGGCAGUUCCUCCUUCUGCUGGGUGGUGGAUUUGGUGAGCGACAAAAAGAGAGAUAAAGGAUUUGUUUCUCCCGCAGCUACGUGAGGGGUGCGAGAUUUGUACCCCAACCUGCUGGAAACGUGGGCAAAACUGUUUGAAAUCUGACAACUUUUAGUAAAUUCGAAAAACGUUGCUACAAAUUUUUGAAACACUACUCAAAAGGUAUGUCAAUCGAAAGAGGAGGUUCUAAUGAAUCUCUAGGUAUAUAAAAAGUGGCCAAUUUGAGUUCAAAUUUUAGAGAAAUCACGCUAUCAAAAUCCCGUAAACCCACCAAGACGAGGGAGAGUUUGAAAAAUGUCAAAAAAGUUGUUAGUUUCAUUACAAUAUACUGAACAACUGAGAUUUUUGAGAAACCAACUAUGUUCUACGAAAAUAAUAAUAAAGUUAACGAAAAAAAACUAAAAUUUUAAUUUAGAGAAUCGGUCCAUUGGUAAACGAGAUACAGCAAUGCAAAGCCAAAAUUGGGUGUCUUUUUUGAAGUAAGAAUUUUUUCUACCGGAAGUUCUGGAAUAGCGGCCAAACCUUCCACUGGACCCCUAUAUAUUUGUACAUCUGUAGAAAGGUAAAUUCUUAACAAUUUCGAAAAUCGUUAAGUUAGAUCAAAACAAUAAAUCAUUCAGAAGUUAUAAGCAUUUCAAAAAGAGCUCUUUUUUUGGACUUUUUUCAUUCGGAACCGAUUACCGGUAAAUUCCUAAAACCUAUUGACUUAAUUUUGGAAUGUUGAGAAACUACAUAAAAUUAUCUAAACAAUGAAUAUAAUAUCAUCAAAAUCGGUUAUUAUUUGUGGCCAGGGGAACGAGCGCAAGAGCUCGGGUCAAUAUGACCCGAACGGCAUAUUAUCGGUUUUUUUCAUGGGGCCAUUUCCGGUGGUCACCGGAAGUUAUCUGGUACUACAGAUUGUGUAUUCUGCGGCUCUGCAUAAUUUUUCCAAAUUUCAGAUUUUUCCGAUUUUUUUGUCACGAGUUAUGAUGAAUUGAAUGUACGCUUCGGGUCAUAUUGACCCGAGCGGCGCGGGAAGGUUAAAGUUAUAGUUUAUAGUUAUUUAUAGUUUUAAAAUUUUGUACAAACCGGUUGAGAAACAAGAGAUAUAUAGCGUCAAAUUGACACUCCAGAAACGGGUAAACGGGUAAACAAACAUUAACUAUUCAUAAUAAAAAUAAUUCAUUUAGGAAAAUGUAUCCAUUCGUGGAUUUCCAGAAUCCACAAUUUAAAAAAAUAAGAAGAAGAAAAUGUAUAAAAAAAAGUGAAAGUUUCAUACAAAAUCUCUCAUCAAAUACUUUUCUUACAAACUGGUUAAGAUCUACGAACGGCCUGCCGGGGCCAUGAUCUACGUUUCGUCUCCUCCGCCGAAAAAACCUCUUCAACAACCUGUGAUGCGUUCCAAGAACAUUGAAAUGGAGUAUUUGAAAUAUUCCACACUUCCCAUGCGGCAAAAACGACAACCAACUACGGAACAUCCGUUGCAGCAGGCGGACGAGCGAGCCCGAACCUCAUCCUUGCCGAGGAACAGCACGGCAGCUGAGCUGCGUUCGAGGGCUGCGAUAGCCGCGAAAAAAGCAGCUGCUGCCUCCAACUAUCGGGAAACCGUUAAAGAUCCUAGCAUCACCGAUGGAUAUCUGGAAGAUGAUCCAGAACUGUUGAAAAUUGAACUUCAAGAUGCCUACAACAUUAUGUCCGUCAGCCGGGCUAAACUUAUGCAAUACCUCAAUGUCUUAAGGCGGCACAUUAGGCCAAGCAAUCCGACCGGAGAUUUACAACAAUCGUUAGAUGGGAUUGAGGAAAUUUGUUCAUUGUUAAAACCUCGUUUCGACACUGUUUUUCGUGUCCCUGCACCAAUUGAUGCGGCUAUGGAAGCAAACGAAGAUCAUUCCUCAUCCUCCUCCUCCAGUAAGCAGCGACAUCUGGCACCUGUUACGGCAGUUCAACGCAUCCAAACACCUCCAACCAGUUUGAAUUUGCAGCGAUCGUACAAUUACGAUCUUGACUGUCGACGUAACAGUGCUGCCAGCAUUUCUCAGUACGAAAUUCCCGAAGAUCGGUACAGUGGAAUUGCAACGAAAAAAUUAGCUAAUCGAAAAGAGGUGGAGAUGCAUGUGUUCCAGCAGGAUUUUACCAACAUAAACCGGCGUUACGAUGACAAAGAUUUACCUACGGAAGAUCCACUACAAGCAGCUCGUCUCGCUUACAAUUGACACUGAAUUAAGCCAACAUGCCUAUCAAUGCCUACACGAGUAUUACGCUGUUAACAUUUUACACCUCUUGUAUGAACUAUCAAACGACACCAGAGAGUAAUAUUUUGAUUGCAAUAAAGUUAAACUAAAAUCAUAUUACGAUCAACUCUGGUAGACAAUAAUUUAUUAGUUUUACAACCGUGUGCAUGGUAAUCGGAGCAUAGAAACUAGCCAUCAAAUAUCUCACACUGUCGUCAAAUGCUGAACUCGGUAUUUUCUGUUUAAGCUUUUCAUGCACGUUGUUUCUCGAAUCGUAAUUUUAAAGAAAUAGAAACAUAAAUAAAACAAUGC